CCCGCUCGGCCGCUCCCGCACCCCGCGCACCAGGCGGCCGCCGCCACCUCCCCGCCGCCACCUCUUCGCCCGCCCACCUCCCCGCCGCCACCUCUCUGCCGCCCGCUCCACCGCCCGCCGCCCGAGUCCCGACGCCCGGUACCCCCAUCGCCGCCCCAAGCCGCUGAUCCCACCCGUCUGUCAGCCUUGGCCUGCCGUAAGCCAUGAGUCCGCCUCUGCGCCGGGGUGUUCCUCCUCACCGCAAAUCGGCUGCUGCUUCCGCGCCGUGGAGGUGUUUCCGACUUUCCGCCUGUUGGGAUGGGGCAGCUUUGCAGACGCCUGCAACCUGUUCGACCGAAUGCUUCUGCGAAGGAUAUUAGUCUCACCUAACCGUAUCGAGGCUUGUGUGCUAUUGUUCAGUUUCAUGCUCGUGUUCGUCUUCAAUUGUUCUGUUGAUUGAAAGUUGCUGUACCUCUUAGAAAUGGUCUAUCUAGUGAGAAUCACGUAGCCCUAAUGCUUUGAUUGCUUUCUGCGGUUCAAAUCAGUAUGCUUUAUAAUUAAUAGAUAAUACGUGAUGUUGGCUAGUAAACACCAUUCGUUCAACUUUUGCCCUUGUAUUUGUUCAAACAUUUCAUCCUCAGCAGUAGUAGGCUGACAGAUGGCAGGCCAAGGCUGACAGACGGCUGGUUGCCUGGCGGGUACGGAUGUGCCCGCGGGUGAUGCGCGUGGGCACAACUUCUUGCCCGUGACGGCGGCUAGCACAGGCACAGGUACAGGUUUUGCCUCGCGGGUGCGGGUCUGUAAACCGUCUGGCCGCGGACAAUGUGCCCGUUGCCCCCUCGUUCUCCUACCCGAUCUUCCAGAUUUGGCCUGCAGAAGUACGUAGAUGAUUCUGCUAGCAAGGCAUGUGGAUUCUUGCCGUCUUUUUCUUUCAUUUCCUUUCAGUUGCAGGUGGAAAAAUAUGGUUAUAUAUUUCUAAAAGGUUCGUUAGUCCUUUUACUGCUUUAUUUAAUCAGAUUUGGAUCUAUUGCUAGGCUAUAAGUCAGAUUUCCCCCCUAUUCUCCCCUCUGAGCUUCUAGCUAUAUUUGUUCUUGGGCAUAACAUUUAGUGGCGUAUUAGUCCAUGAACCCAAAUCACCACAUUAAAGGUGCCUUCACCAUGCUAAUUAUAUCAGUAUAAUUACUUCAAAACUAAUCUCAAUCAGUUAUUCAAACUGCAAAGGUUUUAUUUUAUUUGCUUCGUAUAAAAGAAAUAAACUUACUUUAACCUUUUAGAGAGCAAGGAAUCUACUACAUAUAUCCAUAAAGUUUUACUAGUUGUUUUUCUCAUUUAUUCUGAUCAUGGCCAGGUACUGAUAACUUAAGAAACCAACCGGCGGAAUUAUUUGAUCAUGUCUGGCAUGCAAGUACCUGCAGGAGCCAGUGAUUCGUCGGUAGUUCUGGCGCCGCCCCAGCAGCAGCAGGAGCAAGAAGUCACCGUCACCCAGUUUUCUCCUGAAGCAGUCGAUGGAAUCAUAACUAGUGAAGUUGUUCUGGCGCCGCCUAGAUCAGCAGCAGAAGCAGGGGCAAGAGGGGUCACCGUCACCCAGUUUUCUCCUGAAGCAGUGGAUGAAAUCAUAAAAAGAUACAAGGCAUUCCCAAAGUCGGAGACCGACGAGUUGGACGAGAAGCGGGGCUGGUUGAUGGUGCUGGCUACGCUGACGGCCUCCAUCACUUACAGCGCGGCGCUUAACCCACCUGGCGGCGUGUGGCAAGCUGAUGAUGCCACCAAUGGGUAUGUUGCUGGCAGCCCUGUUCUCCUUAGCAAACACCCCCAUCGGUAUAAGGCAUUCUACUACUUCAACGUCAUGUCCUUCCUGGUAUCAGUGGUCAUCAUCGUUGCACUUUCCGUUCCAAAGUUCUUCGAUGGAGAAAGAAUGCGUUAUUGCAACAUGCUCGUAGUCUUGGACAUAAUGAGCUUGAUGGGGGCGUUUGUUGCCGGCUCCGCCAACUGCACAUUCGAUUACGUAUGUGGGAUCACAGUGUUGGCGCCUUUACUACUUAUCGUUUUUUAUGGAGAAUCCGUGAGCAGCUCAAGCAGAAUGCAUAAGAAUGUAUCCCCGUAACCUAGCUGCUUAUAUUAAUUCGGGCUCUUGGCUCGCUCUCCCUUGUUUGUUAUCGUCAUUUUCCUAUAUUGUAAUAAUUGAUAUAUUUCGGUUAUCAGUGUGUGUUUUUUUUCAUUUUGUGUUAAAUACUUGUUUAUUUCAAACCUUUCUUGAGCUAUGUUAAAUCCGCUUGUAAUCCACUCCAAUUUUUAGCUUCCCAAGGUUUCAUACCUGCCACAUUUUGUAAGAAUUGUAUUCCUUAUGCAUGUAAAAUUGAAGC